AUGACAUUGAAGUCUCCAACAAAACGAUGGAAUCCUUUUUUCUUUAUCCUCGACUUUUAUUUGAUGCGAGGCGCAUCCGAUGAGAAUGAUGUUGUUCCCGAAGCCAUCAUAUAUUUCUAUCCGACUGACGAACAAUCGAAAAAACAAAGUAUUCUAGAGUGUGGUGAAGUGAUAGGGAUGGUGCAAUACUUCCAACACGAUCUCUUCCGAUCCAUACCUCAAACAUUCUAUUUCGAUAAGGCUCUAGCCGUUCAUAAGCAUUUCGGCAGACACAGUGGUUUUUUAUUUGCACCACAUGAUCGUUACGUUGAAGAAGAAGCCCAAAUCCACCUGAAAAAUAUCAUGAAUGUAUUCAAUAUGCUCUAUGGUACGUGGAAUCAUGUACAUGCAACUUAUGGAGAGGCCAAAAAAAUGAAUGAGUUUCUUAAUCAGGCAUUGACGCCAAUUGUGAAUUAUGUUUUAAACCACCCCAGAUCUGUUCCAUACCUGCUUUCAACUAUUGGAUAUACGCUGUUGAAAAAAGACAAUGGAAAAGUCUUGCUAGAAUGUAAACACAGUAUCGAAUAUCUGAAACUCACUUAUGGGAUGAUAGAUGGAUUACUCGGAUAUGAUCAGAAGAUUUUAUAUUCUUCCUUUGAUACUGAUACGAACUAUUAUCUGCAAUUUAUUUUUCAAUUAAGAAACGAAUUACCGGAUAAUUUAAUAUGUAUACCAUGGGAUUCGGAAUUCAAGUUGAAAAACGGUGUAUCAUUAUUUCGCUUAUACCUUCCUCGAUCCGUGGAAACUACAACUAAUUCGGAAUCCAAUACCGAUGCUACGGCUGUGGAUGAAAUACCUACACCAACAUUGUCUAUAAAUAUGACGAAACCGUCGAUAAAAAUCUUCGAAGAUUCUUCGACCUCUUGUGAUGAAGGACUGUCAUCACCGUUGAGAACUCGGUUUAGCUUUCCGACACGCUCGACUUCGGUAUCUGGUGAAAAACGGCAAGACACAAUGGAUGAAUCAUCAUCGAUUAGUGCCGUAGAUGUAAUUAGCGUAUCUUCGUUAUCGUAUAGCGAACCUUCAGGUGAUGUUACCGAACAAAAUCCAAUUGAAGAAUCUUUGACAGAUGAGCAAAAGUUAGAAAGUUUACGAUCACGUUCAUCAACACUGAGUAACGAUAUGGAAAAAACGAUCGAAAUACAAGAUCCCAGUAAUCUAGUGGAAAAGAUCGACCGAAUUCAUCUUACCGAAGUGUAUUCAUGUGAAUAUAGUGAUGAUGAAAAUUUCGAGGACUUUUCAAUCAUUCAUCGCGUAUCGCAUCAACGAACGCCGACAGUGACAAGUAAUUCUGAUGGAAGGAGACCGGAGUUUCUCAGAAGCGAUCGUCAAGAGAUGCUUGUUAGUUGGACGAAUAUACCGGAUCGAAAUGAUGAACCAGAACGGCAUGAACUUGUCCUAUAUGUUCAACGAAAUUCAAGAAUGGCAUUCGCAGGUAUUAUGGAACGAAGAUUAUUGACUGAUGAUCAUCUCAAAACAUUGUGGAAUUUUAUGCUGACACAAAUGGCCAACAUGGAAGCAGAAAUCCAUGCUAUAUCCACGACGAAUGAAGUUUUGAGAUUAUCACAUGAUGUUAAAUUUCAAGUCAAUCAAAAUACACACAAUGUGGAAUUCGAACGUAUAAGCGAUGGAGGACGCGUCGUUCGUAAAUUGCCGACAGAAGAAAGUGCUUUUAUGACAUUCUUAGCCCAAACCGACCUUGAUCGAGAUGCCACUCGAAAAGUCGUUGGAUUUUCACGAGGAAAUUGUCUUCUAACUGCCGAUCGACGUUUAUCAGACCGUACAACCUAUCUAUCAAGACGCGCUCCUGAUUCUUCCUGA